CGACCGAUCAUCCGCCACGUGUCCUAUCUACGUUUUCUCCCUUCCUCUCCAUCUCAAGCUGCGUCUGCUUCCUCCUUCGCUACAGAAGAGGACGACGAUUCCUUAACGCUCUCAUCCCCUCCUGCUUCUCUUACUCCGCCCUUAUCGCCAUCGCCAUAAGUUUUCUCACUGAGCGGGCUCUCAGCGAUCACAUGCUGGCGCCACGUGGUGACAUUUCGGCAAUUCGGCAAGUUCAUCACCCGCGAUUCAGUCUGGACCCCCUACGGCUCGCACAGUUCUUCGGCACUACCGGGGUGUACGCAGCGGCGGAGUUCCGAUUCACCAGCCAUCGUCAAGUGAUCGUAUUGGCAGAGGCGACGGCGGUUCGAUGGUUGUCAGCACCAGGAGUUAGCCAUGUGUCUACCGUCGUCAUCUUCAGCGGUGACAUUAGCGUGAUCAACCCUCUGCGACACACGGCCAUCCGGACGUCGCUAAGGGAGUGGGGUCAACAACUGGCAACAGAGUGGAAUCAGUGGCUUACGCGCCGCGGCGAUAAUCUUAUCCCCACGGACGACAUCGAAGUCGGAGGACUCCGGACGUCUCGACACGAGCCCGCGGUGCUGACGUGGACAAGGGACAUAGAGCAUCGCGCCUGGGUCGCAUACGUGGAACUGUUGGUCAUCCAAGCGUGGAGGACGGAGGUGGAAGGGGACCUUCUCGGAUUUCUAUUCGGAUCGGUGCGUCCUGGCUAUCGACAGCAGAUCGUACAGGAACUCACGAUUCCCCUCGUGCAGCUGGCCGACGAUCUCCCUCUCGAUAUCAUUUCGCAGUGUGACGAGAGUCCAGUCCCCCACGUCCUUUCACGAACUCUAACACACUACCUGCAGUGGUCGGCUUGCCCCGAGGAGCUAGCAAAUAACAACAACCCUCCAUCACAACAACUAUACCUGGACCCCCGGGGGAUAAUCGACCUCGCCUUCUUUCAGCCUCGAACGACAUCCGAAGAUGAAGCGAUAACACUAGAGGAAGAGGAGGAAGAGGAUGAAGAAGGAGGCGACGAGGAAGAAGAGGAGGAAACCCCAGAAGAAGGAAGUUACAGGGAGCACAGCGAGGGAGAGCAGAGUGACGAAGACGAGGAAGAAGAAAAAGAUCAAUUAGAGGAAGAGGAGGAAUCUGAGUGGGAGACGUUGGGAGAAGAGGCGGAUCGCGCAGAGCCGCACGAGGAGGAUCCCGAGGCGGCGCGAAGAAGAGAAGAGAUCGCAGCAGGGAAAAGCGGCGGGAGUUCGCUAGUGGAAAAGCGGAAGGACAAAAAUGGCGGGAACGAGGAACCGCUGGAGGACGCCAACAGCUUAAAGAAGGCACGAGUGGUGUGGUCUCAGGAUUUGCAUCAGCAAUUUGUGAAUGCGGUAACGCAACUGGGAAUCGAGAAGGCAGUGCCGAAGAAAAUUCUGGAGCUGAUGAACGUGCAAGGACUGACGAGAGAGAAUGUAGCAAGCCAUUUGCAGAAAUACCGCCUCUAUUUGAAAAGGUUGAGCGGUGUGGAGACAGCGCAGCACGCGUCGCUGACGUAUCAGCCAUCGGCGGAAGCGGGUUUGAGUGGGUCGAUGCAGAUAAACAAUGCGGCAAGGGCAGUCGUAGGGCCAGGGGUCGGCAAUACCCUGGCUAGGGCGUUCAAUUUGGCGGGGUUGGCAGGGCUGGGCGGAAUUGGCGUUGGUCUAGGAGGGGCAAUGGGGAAGUCGCCGGGAAAUGGGGGACUGGUGGGGGGAUUGAGCGGGCUGGAGUGUUUGACGGGGGGAGGGCUAGACGCCGCGGAUUUGGUGAGAGGGCUGCAGGUCUUCCAAGGGCAAACGAUUGCGCACUCGCAGUCGGCGACGCUGGCGCAUCUGCAGCGGACCGGAGCGCACGGGAGCGGAGCCGGCGCCGCUGCAGCCUUGAUGGGCUCGAGUGCCGCGGGUCUCCUCGGAGGCCUGACGGCUGCAGCGGGCGCGGGAGCGGGAAUUGGAGAUCUUUCGCAGAUGGACCUAAAUUUGCUGUUCAACGCGCAGCAGGAGGUGGUGGCGAGGUCGAGGCUUGGCCUGGGAGGUGCGGAUGACUCGCUUGCGUCCUCGCUGAUGGCGGGCUUCGGCAAUCCUGCACUUGCGGUGCUGGGGAAUGCCGCGGGGCUAGGGCCGGGCGGCGGGGGCGCCAUGUCCCCGAUGUCGAUGUUGGGCGGCUCGUCGCUCUGCAGCGGAGGGAAUCUCGGCUCCGGCAAUCCCGGGGGAGAUGGCGGGUGUCUAGGGAACGGGUUGAUGACCGGCGGCGGAGGUGCGAGAGUGGGCGGAGGUGGAGGCGGAGGUGGUGUGCAGUUGACGGAAGGUAUGAAUCCUUUAAGACUCGACGGGUCGGGAUUGACAGCGGGCUCGGCGGGGGGGGCAGGAGGAGCAAGGGGCGCUGCGGACCGGAUUCUCACGGGAGAUGCAGGCGCAUUACGCAACCCGCUUCAGAGCACUUGCUGCAUGUUGACCUCGCGAGCAGGGGGAGGGGCGGGGGCAGGCGGAGGGGCGGGGCCGCAGACCGGCUACUUACAGCAACAGCAGCAACAAGGCGGACCCGCGGCGGGGGGCUCUGCGGAUGUGCGCGGGUUGAGCCCUCAGAAUGUAGACUCGAUCAGGGCGCUCGGCGGGGUAGCGGGAGGUGGUGUAGUUCUAGGCGGGGGGGGAGGAGCCGGCGGAGGCGGUGACGUCGCGGAAUCGAAACCUCUUGUUUCGAUGCUGAGAAGCGUUGACCACAUGAGCUCUCUUGUGACGGCGGAGUCGAAACCUCUGGUUUCGCUGGGGGGGGGGGUAACUGGGGGAGCAAACUGCCUGGCUCCGCCGGCCCCGUCGAUUUACGGAGGGUCGACGGGGGGAACGGCAGGAGAGCUGAGUCCCUACCGGUCUGUCACGGGUGGUGCGGGUGGCAGCAGUAGUGGUAUACUCGUCCUAGCAGGCGGGGAUGAGCAUCAACGGCGCCACUUGCCUUCCCCGUUGGGCCAGAUGCUCCUUACCCACGGAACACCGAACAGAUACGUCACCGAACGGAACGGGCACCACACGUCGUCGCAAAACGUGAAUAGUUUUCCAACAUGAGAACCACGACAAGGAGGAGGGAGAAACUGGGGAGGGUGAAAUUGGGGAAAGGAGAGUAGUUGUAAGAAAGAAGGUGGAGAUGGGGAAUUCACUCACUGGAUGCCUGUGACGGAGGUGAUGGGCCUGUUCUUUGGAUUUGUUAGCUCGCUGGAGUUUGACUGAGAAAGGAGACGUUUUGAAAGGAUGGAAAAGAGGAGAAGAGAGAGCGAGGGGGGAGGGAGGAGUGGUCGGUUGUACAAAGCGAGUUUGUGUUUUUGUGUGUGCGCGUGAGAGAGAGAGAGAGGAGAGACGCAGAGGAGGAAAGAGUGGUGGGGGCGGGGAAGAGAGGAGUGAGAGGAAGGAUGUGCGGGAAAGAGGAGGGAGCGGAAGCGGAUGUGGAAUUUGUUGGGUGUGAAGGGAAGGCGGGGGAGGAAGGGGGGGAGGCGAGAACGGACGGAUGGACAGACGUGGACGUUGUGACGUUUUGCGUUUUGCUGCUAUGUGUUUUCUCUUCGUGAAAUAUGAGAGGUAGAGAAGUGGAGGAGGACGAUUAGGGGAAAGCUGUGGGAAUAAGAAAAGCACUAUUUCUUCGUCGUUUUAAUCUUUCGCGCUCUCUUUCGUAAAUGAAAAAGAGGCAGGAAAUAAAACCGUAAAAAUGAGAUACGAAAAGGUACGUGGGGGUUGCGCUCUCCUCGUUGGUGGUUCACUCUCCUUUCCUCCUCCUUCUUCUCCUUCUUCUCCUUCUUCUCCGUAUCCUUCUUCUUCUCGAUGUCGUCUGUUCACUGCUCCUCUCUCUCUCUCCGCUUUCACCGUUCCUGUUCUCCCUAUCGUUCUUUGGCGUCCGCGUGUUUUUCAUUUGUUGGUGUCUGGGCGUGAGUGCACGCGCGUGCGCCGCUGCGUGUAUUUGAGCACGCGCGCGCCCGAGAGUGCAGGGGGAUGCCGCCACGGAAGGGAGAAGAAGAGGCGAUGCUGCAGAGAGCCGCCGGGGGGAAAUGGCAAACGAAGCGGGUAUUCGGCUUUUCCGACGAAUUGUGUAAGAUAUAGAACUCGAGAGUGGGUUGGUUGUCACGACGUGAUGAUUUAAUUUUCCAUAAUAUUUCAGCUAUACAGCUCAGUAGCUUGACGCGUAGGUAGGUAGGAUAUCAGAUAUGUGAUUCGCCGCAGGAAGAGCAGCUAGCUAGUUAGCUAGAUAUCAGUCAAAUUGAUAGAUAAAUACGAUUGAUAUAUUGAUUGGUAGAUCAAUUCUUGGUUCUUGGUUGGGAUGUGUUUUUCGCUGUCGUGAUUGCUGCCGUUGCCGAUGGGCGGAAAAGUUCUGUCAAUCAUCGUCGCAGGUACAGAACUCCUUUUACUUCUGGGGGAAUUCACUCUUCCUCCAUUUCAUCUUUUCGUUUCCUCCUCCCAAGCUAUAGCAGCCCUGUGUCUCACCCUCUUUCACUUUUUCCCCCCUUUUUGUCUUUUCCCCUUCUCCCUUUCCCCGAUUGUCCUUUCCCUUUUCUUGUGCCUUUGCUUGUUUUCCCUUUCCGAUACUCCUUUCCCUUUUCUUGUGCCUCUCAAUUACGACAAUCAGAAACG